CGACGACGAAAUGAAGGAUGUACAUUAUCCUCUGUUCAUCUACCACACGCACUACAGUCGCGAGUUCGAACACAGCUUCUACCCGUCUCCUCCUGCAAACACAACGUCCGCGUCACUAGGCGAACAGUACGGAUACUACUUCUUCUCCAACUGGACGUCUGAUAAACCGACUGAUCCGUUCACCAACAAGAGAGGAAUCGUCGUGCAGCUUCAACAUGCCAAUCCGUACUACGAUGAUUCGUAUGCAGUCAACAGCGCUAACAUCGGACCGUACGGAGACGCCAUCACGUACGAGUUCCUACCAUAUCUCGAGAAGAAAUUCCGUGGUAUUGGUGAAGGAUGGGCGCGUACAAUGUACGGCGGGUCCACUGGCGGCUGGGAAUCCUUCGCCGUCCAGGUCUACUAUCCCGAAGAGUACAACGGUUGCUGGUCGUUCUGUCCUGAUGCGUUCGACUUCCACAGAUUCCAACAAGUGGAUCUCUUCGCUAACAAGAACGCUUACUAUGCUCGCGGUGACUGGACUCAGAAGGACCGCGGUGCUAAGCGUAACUAUCUCGGUGAUAUUCGAGAAACGAUGGCCGAAGAGAACCACCACGAACUCGCGAUGGGCUCACGAGGACGUUCCGGUGGUCAAUGGGAUGCGUGGCAAGCCGUGUAUUCUCCGUUAAACAACACGGACGGCUACCCUGCUGCCGUUUGGGAUAAACUUACAGGUGAGAUCAAUCCACAAGUCGUAGAAUACUGGGAAGCGCACUACGACGUUCGUGCCAAGCUCCAGCGUGAGUGGCACGCCCGGGGACUCGGUCACAAACUCGUCAACAAGCUGCACGUGUACGUGGGCGUCACCGACAGCUACUACCUGAACGACGCCGUUUUCCUGCUUGAAGACUUCUUGAAGACCACUACCGAGCCGUAUUACAACGGUUCUAUCGUGUACGGCGUCACGGACGGCCGUGGAUACGAACACUGCUGGACAGGCAGCUUCGAUCAGUCGCUGUCGCUUGGAUGGCAGACUGUCAACCAGCGGAUGACCCCGCAAAUGGUUGAUCACAUCGUACAGUCAGCACCCGAAGGCGCAGAUCUGAGCUUCACCUCGUACUGAUCCCAAGCUAGAUAGUUGCAAACUUUACAAGGUUGCAAUAGUUGUCAAUAAACCUGGUGUUGAAACAGUACACCCGUCGAAACUCUUAAGUGUUGACGCUAAGGACGCUCUGCUGUCGAGCAUCACCAGACCAUUUUCUGGUCGA